AUGCGUAACCUCCAAAUCAAAUCCAGUGUGCGAAAAUACAAAGAGGACACCGAUUAUCUAGCAUCAUGGCUGCUCCAAAAGGCCACGGAAUGCGGAUUCCAGAGAACGCCCAAGCCAAACCUACAGGCUUCAUUUUUUGAGUCUAGCACGUCGUCCAGCACGUCCACGUUGCAAGAUGGCCAGCAAGCCGCCAGGUACCUCCUCGAGACAUACGAAUUUGAACCGAUGGCCGAAAUAAUCUCGAAGAAUGCGUCCAAAAUAAAGUUUCCAGCAAGUGUGGAGGCUGUCUUUGACCGUGUCAUCAGCGGUCGUAGGGAAGUCAACAAGAAACACAUGGAGCUUCCGAGACAGAAGCGGAAUCUGCAUAAAGAUAAGACGCACGAGUACUUCAUAUCUGUCAUAGAAAGGGCUUACGAAAAGCUGAAACCUUAUGUCACUGUGAAGAGCCUUCGAGGAAAGGGAAAGCCUACUGUCCCUGGAGAGCGCGGAUCUGGCAACAUGACCAUGGAGAAUAGCUUCGCCGGACUCAAUGUUGAGGAAGCCUCUGAAUCGGCCGAGACAGAAACAACGGAAUCCAACGAAGAUGCCGAGGACGACUUACCUGAUAUUCCACCUGUUCAGGUGGAUAUAGAGGAGGCAGAGAUCGAGGACGAAUUUCAUUUCCAAAUCCUGAUGCUCCUCAACGAGCUACACAAUAUCCUGCAGAUUGUGGUCAAGCUAUGGGCAGCUUAUAGGGAUGGUAAGAUUGAUGUGGUCGUGCCUUCUCUCGCUACCAACAUAGCGAUUGACAUGGCGCGACAAGCAGAAGCUGAUUUCGAAGAAUUGGUUAUCCGUCCGAAGAAAUAUCCGGUCUGGACAUAUCCGGUCUGGACACUACCUGCUGUGGCGUACCAUUGUCAAUCAGCAGAGUUUGAUAUGAAUCCACAAGAGGAGUUGGUCAAGCCUGAUAUGGUCCGCCAUCAUGGCAUACUGGAGAGAAAGAGCACCGAAGGGCCAGCGGGCACAGAGGAGAUCUUCUUCCAUUCAGUCUUCUGUGGCAUCAGAUUUCAUCUUCAUGCUCUCAUAUCUGCACCUGGAGGUAUACAAGAGCCGGAUAUCAAAAGAAUCAAGGCGGUUCACCCAUGGUGGCCAAAGAAUAUGUUCCGCACCAUUGAGCUAAUGCCUCAAUACCAAGUUGCGCUAAGAACUUGGGAAGAUCUCUCCGUUUGCAGACAUGACGAGAUCAGCCUGGGUGUCCAGACUAUGAUCAAAAAGCCUCGCGAAAUUCCCCUUUGGACAACUUUUGGCAUCCAGCUGUUCCUCGAGAUUCAAACCACACUUGGCCCCAAACAGAGCCAGCCAUUCGAAGAGAUUCAGAAAGAAGUCAAGAUGUGGAGAAAACGAUUUGAUGGCAGUAAAGGGGCAGACGGGCGGUACGUGGCUGAGAAGAAACAAUGUCACGAGGUCAUUGAGAUGAUCACCAAACAUCUUCCAUUAGCAGUAGAGUUCGAUACGUUCAAGGCGUCCACUCUCCACGACAGUCCUGGAAUCAAGAGUACCAGCGACACGACUACUGCCGGAUUUUGGACCCCAUUUCAACAAGAAGAAUUCUACUUCUUAAAGCGUCAUCCUGUGCGCUGCGGACUUAUGAAGCACCACCUUUAUUCUCGCAUCCUCGAAUUACGCUUUGAAGGAUCACAGGACCAGAUAAAGCAGAUGACUUGGCUCGCCCAUCUCUACAUCGCUGGCAGGUUGAUUCAGCCCGAUCUACCUCGGUGGCCAGAUAUGGAAUUUGCCAUUCACAGACAGGGCGUAGCCUACCUAUUCGGCGGACAAGGCCUACCCACAACCUUGACUCAGUGCAAAUCAAAGCUAAAAAAGGCCAAUGGAUGCGUUUCCAUCAACACCGCCAGAGAAACAUGUCGACCAGACCGUGCCCGCCUCUUCAAGAACCCGCGUCUCUUGGGUAAUGUCUUGGCUGAUCAAAUGGAAGAAAAAACUUCAGACAGUGUCUACCACGUCCUCCGUCGCUUUGUAUGCGACUCUGCCAAUCAGACAAGGCUCUACGAUCAGUACAACACCUCGCCUGAGAUAGCCAAGACCAGUCCACCAUUCCAACUCCAGAACGAACCUCGUUUUUCUGCUCUACUACGAGACCUCGGCAACUACUGGCUCCGUGGUGACUUGAUCGAUCUCUACUUUGACUGGCCUCGCUUCACACGCACCUGCUGUGAAGAGCUCAUCCCCGGCAUACGCUAUCUGUUGAGCAACAACGAGAAAAGUUGUCCCAUCAACGAUUUCGACGCCGACUUCUACGAGUUCGCGCUCUGGAUCAUCGACCAGGCCAUUCAAUCAGAAACUCCGGAAUUCGGCACUUUGAAAUCAGGCGAGUGGCUCGAAGUAUCCAAAAUCCAAAGCUCAAACAGGAGGAGACAUCUUCGUAACGUGAACAUGCUCAUUGAGACGUCUGCGUAUGAGGAUGUGCUGAUGAAGUCGGGUGAGUUCAACACCUGGCAGGGUGAGGGCGGAUUGGUCAAACUUCUUGGCAAGAUUGGGCCGAUGAAGAUGGUUUUUGACUACGAUGGACAGUGGAAUGCAAAGAGGCUGUAUGAAAACUGGGGAGAAGAACAGAAGAGGAAGAGCAAUUUUUGGAGGGCUAUGAACAGGUAG